GCGUGGAUUCAACGCCGAUACAAAUACACCACCUAUGGCGGGAGCGCACGAAUGUCGGCGAACCUACCGCUGCGACCAAAUAGCGUGAAUGGCCCUGGCGUGAAUACCUUCGAGCUGGCAUUUGUGGUUCGUUCAGUACGUGACGCUCCGUGCACCGACCUCGCGAGUGUGUGACCGUCUCGCAGCGCUCCGCCAGCAUGGAUGACGACGUCGCGCCGCUGCACUGUCGCAGCGCUUUGUAUCUCGACCUGACGCUGGAAGAAGUGAACCGACGCUUCGAGAAGCUGCUCUCUGCCGAGGGCGUGGAGGAACACCUCGCGCAAGAAAUCGUGUCCCGCUUCAGGUCCCGGUUCCGCGACCUCGUCUACGGCAACGUGGUCGUCGACGAACAGGGCCCGACGGGCAGCCUCACCCUCGAGGAACUGUUAGAACAGAAACUCCGCGAAGUUGCCCACCUGCGCUCCACGGUACCGGCUGAGGUGCGGCGAAAACACGAACGGGCCUUGGCGAUGGUCUACGGCAGACCUCCCGACGGCGGAAAACCCGACACCAAGGGCUAGACUCCGUUCCUUGCGGAGUUGCGCGCUUUGGGAGCAGCCGAUUGUACUGCGGUGAAGCACGGGCGUCCGUAGUGCGCGCGUUUUUGCAUGCAACUCGCAUCGGCAGUGCCAUGACGCUACGUUCGCCUCGGCCGUGCUAGUGAGUGGUGACAUUUGCAGUGAAAGUAACUUACCUGUUGCGGAGGGGUGCGCUCCGAGGGCCUGUCUCCGCCUCGCCGCCGCCUCGAACUCGACCUGUGCGACAGAGGCGAGAACCGGUGUCAACAGAAGCUGGCUUCGAGCUUGUAUAAUAUUUAGCCUUCAUUUUACACUCUUUUUAAAGGGGGCAAGAAUACUUUUCUUUUGUCCUAGUUGAUGGUGACAUCAUUGAACUGUAAUUGUAUACGGUUUUCAUUUUUCGACUAUUCCUCCGCUAUGCUGCAGGAUGUGGAACAUAUGUGGCACAUUGGGGCAUGACCCACUGGACGUUGACUGCUGUUAAAUAUAAGGAUUAUUAUAACUGAUUAGAUUCAUCGGCUAGCACAAAUGCUCAAUUUUGCAUUCGAACAAUACAGAGGUACACAGGAAGCUGGAUCAACAGUGGUCAAACAAGUGAUGUUUUCACAACAGGGCUUGUACUUCAUCAGGGCAAGAAAACUGCUUUCUGUAUAGCUCUUCCCCAUCCCCAACGGGGGCCAAAAAAAAGGUGGGGUCUAUUGCUGCCUACUACAGGGAAAUUUCCUUAGAUCUACAGACUUCGAGCCUUGUCUAGGGAAAUUUGUCAAAGUCUAAAUUUUGUGCUAUGACAUUGGUGUGGGGAAACUGCUGACGGGGGGGGGGGGGGGGGGGGGGGCGGGGUGACUGAAUGUUUUAAUUUAUGACACCGCAAAUUACCUUCGCUUUAGCAUGCACACUACGAAAUGUGAUUGUACACCAGUGCAGUGAAUGUAUCUCGCCAAGUAAACGGCAAAUGCCCUGUGCCCUUUUAUGAAGUACUGCAAGCCUGUGGAUGUCUGUGCACUCCGAAUGCAGUAUUUAUCUGCAACCGGUGACCUACAACCAGCACAUAUACCUAUUGCCAAGCACGAUAAUUGUCGCUAAGCAAGCAGGCUAUGCAUUUGUACACCGCCCAUAGGCAGAGCAACCUUGGAUGGAGUCCCAGUGGUUGUGUAUUUGGGCGAGUUUUGCUUUGGAGGAAAGAUACAAGUAGGCCAUGUAUCUUCAUGCUUUGCUGCAAAUGGCUCGUAAGUUUGGUGCAACAUCAGUAAAUGCAAUUAAAACGAAACUCAUUCACAUCUUUUACAUUGCUGCCGUGAAUGUGGUCCACUGUUUUGACACUGUUACAUUCUCUUAGAGAGGUCUGGCACUCAUCUUCCUUUUUGAAUAAGGUUCCGUGUAAUCUGAGCACUUCUGGUAUAGGUGCAAAACAAGUUUGGACAGCGACAUAGUAUGUACGUGCUGACGCCUUCUUUUGUGAAUAUGGCUUCAAGCAGGAGGCUGUGUGUUUAGCAUAACAACUUGCACUGCAAUGCGGCUUGCAAGGCUAGGACAACGAAGGUCUAUGGUGACUCCUGUACACUAGGCCCAUCAAAGUGACAAAAACAUUGAAUGUGGAUGUAUUGUUCCGCAGUAAUGAUGACGACCAAAAGGAUUGCAAGGCCAGGAAGAAGACCCAUAACCUGUGCACAUAAAAAGGCCUGGCCCUAGAAAGUGACAUCACUAUGCAUGUGGGCGCGCAGACCUACUGACUACACAAAGAUGUAGGUGACUGAUAACAAUCCCUUUGCACAGCUCUUAGUUCUGGUCUUACCAUCACCAUGGCUGCUAAUUUACCUGAAAAUCAAUGUUACAGAGUUGCUACAAAGUUCACGGAGAGGAUUAUGAGCAGCGCUCAAAUGUUUUUUAGGAAGACCAGUCACGUGCUCUCAUCACCACUCUUAAUACAUGUGUACUAAAAGCUCACUCACUUUUAAUUAGAGGAGGCUCUUGCUAAAAUAAACUGGUUAUGUGUGAGUAACUUAUCAACCAACUAGAGAGUGAUGAUGGAGCAGCCAAUAACUUCAAGCGGGAAAUUCCUCACGUAAUAGCUGCGCUGGAAGCGGCAAUAAGAGAAAUAGUAGUACUCUAUAUGCUUUCUGUUCAUCUUUUUCAUUGUAAUCAUCAUUAUCAUAGAUCACAUAUUUCUCUCGCUCUGUUUGGGAGCUGUUGAAUAAAAGCAUUGA